UUGGGGGGGGGACGUCUUGCUUUUUUAAGUGACAGUGGAGUCCGAAUAUCUCUCUCUCAUUUCAUUCACCCACCACCUCCUUCCUCCUGCUCUCCGCCACCACUCCGCCUCCGCCGCCGCCACCGAGCCGCCAGCGCCUCUGCUUCCAAUCUCAGCUACUGAUCGAGCUGAGAAAGCACGGCGCCGAUCAAUGCCGAGUGAUUAGAUCUCCGGUCUCCUUCUUCUCCGUACCUCUGUUCCCCCAAGUCCAGUGCUCUACUUAUCCGCAGCUACAUUUUGCACCGAGUGUGGACAAUUAGCGAAGAUGAGUUGGCCUUGGAAGAAAAAGUCGUCGGACAAGGCUGCGGUUGAGAAGGUUGCCGCUAUACUGGACUCUGCUGGGGUUACAAUAGCACCAACCAAACCUCAGGCUGAUCAGGCAUCUCAAGAACUUCAAGCAGGGUUACAGUCAAGGAAGGCUUGUGCGUUGGCAAUUAGAGCUCGAGCCCUACGAUUUCAAAGAGGAGCACAUAAAAGGAAGCGACAACUUUCUGCCAGACACCUUGACGCGAGAAUGGAAGCCAUCAAGCAGAUCGACAGCAUAAUAGAAGCUACUCUCAAGGAGACUGAGGCCUUGAUGAAGAAGGUAGAAGGUCUCAAGGAAGCUAAGGAGACUCUUUUGAAGACUCUUGGUUUAUGCAAGAUAGAAGAUGUUCUCGACAAGGAGAAGGACAAAGCAACCCUUCGCCAGCUUGCGGAGGAAAAGAAGCAAGCAGAGGUCGAAAAGAAGCAAGCAGAAGUCGAGAAAUAUUUUGAAGCAGCUCCAAGGCCUAAACUCAAUUGGGCUAAGGAGGUUGAAGAAGAAGAAGCAAGACAGUCAUCCACCAAGCAAGAAUCUCCGGUCAAUCAGGAGAUAAUUCCUCCAAUCGUCCAGGAGAUUGUUCGAUCAAGCAGUCAGUCCAAGAAGUACUAUGUCAUCUUCAAUGGACCUAUGCCUGGAAUCUACGAUGAAUGGCACAAGGUGUCUAUUCAUGUAAAUGGAGUCAGUGGAAUCACACACCAGAGCUUCAAAACUCUGGAUGAAGCGAAGGAUGCUUUGAAAAAGAGCGAUGAGUCUUUCACCGCUAAGCUAUUGGCGCCCCCGCCAGCACAAAGCAUUAACCGCCUAAGAAGUCUUGGCAGAUUCCCUGGUGCUCCCAGCACUAGCUCUGCCAUCCCCACUAUUGCAAGCAUUCCAACAAGAGCAGCUUUCGAAGUUGCACAAAAGAUCACCAUCGACAAGUUCCGUGAGAGAUUCACAUCUCUUGUGGAGUACAAGGAGUCUUACAAGCAAUUGGGUUUCUAUCCGGUCUGGAGAAAUGCCUAUGGCCCCAAGGUCAUCAUUCUUCCAGAAGCAUCAGCAGAAACCACCUUUGAGUUCUUUGCAAGCGGGUUGGUUGACACCAUUUACUGUCAAUCCAGCUCAGUCAACAGUCAAUUCAGGCUGUUUCCAAGCAGGGUUUUACAGACUUUCAAGACUUUCUCAGUUAGAGUCGUCAAAGACAAUCCUAUGUUCGUCAAGUGUUACAGCACUUAUCCUGCCUUUCUUUUGGAGGGGGAGGAUGAGUCAAUUUUGAAGCAUUCACACUGCUUAGCAAGCAUUGGGAGGAGCAACAUGAACUUCCCACCAAUUGAUCAAGUACCUUUGGAGGCUUUAGAUGAGGAGCAGCGCCACUCGUUCUAUGUUACUAAUUAUGUAGGACUUUGCAGGCGUCUCCAGAAUUUGAAGCUUCAGACUAAGGUCAACUACAAGUCGGCCACGACUCUCAUCGUGUCCAGUCCUUCGAAGCCAAACUACAAGAUGUCGCCCCAACAUGAAAAGGCGAUUAUAGAGUUCGAGAGGCCCAUCAUAGACCUCGAUGCAUGCAAGCCUAGAGUUCAACAAGAGGUUUGUAGCAUGAUCAAUGGAAGCAACGGCGACUGGGUCGGCAAUCACAAAUGUAAUCUUUGCAGCCCAAAGCCCGCCGAAUUAGAAGAAGCUAAGGAGUCCAGCCCACAUGAAACGGGCUCUGAAGCAUCUUUGGAACUUAUUGAAGAGUGACGUCCUUCCUGACGUCACAUGUGAAGACAAGCAAGAAGGCGUCAGCCAUGACGCCUACAAAGGAAUCUUACAGCUCUCCACAGCUGUAAUGUGUCGGCCACUUGGCCUGACGCGUCUGUCCUUUUUCUUUAUGGCUCUGACACUCUGUUAGCUGUCAUCCAUUACUUUUUGCUAGUGCGCCUUUUGUCGGCCACUUGCUUUUCUUUUUGUAGAUCUGAAUCUCGACCGUUGCCUAACAAUGGUUGAGAUGCGUCCUCUACUCCUAUAUAAGGAGCUCGUCCCCGUCGGUCAUAAGGGACUUAGUACAGAAACACAUAGCUUAAGCUUGGACGCUCGACCUUAGUACCGCCACCGCCGCAGCCGAGGAGGGCACAGGCAAGGCAUAGGUAAGGAGUUUUCCUUGUCGGUAGCUCUUGGAGGCGAGAGUAUGUUGUCUAUGUCUAUGUUCCCGACUAGGCGUCGUUAAUCCCUUCUAUCCUUUUAUUCAUAUAUUCAAUAAAAGUUUGAGGAAUUAUUCAGUAA